GGAGGGGGCCAGAGGGGAGAUGUCGCAACCGCCUCCCUCCCUCUUUCCCCGCCUUGGCGCUCAGUCGCCUCCCAGAUGAGCGCGCUUGCAGACGGCUGCGGGACGCCGGGCGCCGGGCAUGUCCCCUGAGUGCGCGCAGGCGGCGGGCACAGGGUCCCCGCGCAGCCUGGAGCGGGCCAACCGCACCCGCUUCCCAUUCUUCUCCGACGUCAAGGGCGACCACCGGCUGGUGCUGACCGCUGUGGAGACGGUCGUGCUGGCGCUCAUCUUUGCGGUGUCGCUGUUCGGCAACGUGUGCGCCUUGGUGCUGGUGGCGCGCCGUCGGCGCCGCGGCAACACCGCCUGCCUGGUGCUCAACCUGUUCUGCGCGGACCUGCUCUUCACCAGCGCGAUCCCGCCGGUGAUGGCCGUGCGAUGGACCGAGGCCUGGCUGCUGGGCCCGGUCGCCUGCCACCUGCUCUUCUACGUGAUGAGCUUGAGCGGCAGCGUCACCAUCCUCACCCUGGCGGCCGUCAGCCUGGAGCGCAUGGUGUGCAUCGUUCGCCUGCAGCGGGGCAUGCGGGGCCUGGGGCGGCGGGCGAGGGCCGCGCUGCUGGCGCUCAUCUGGGGCUACUCGGCGCUGGCCGCGCUACCCCUGUGCGUCUUCUUCCGCGUCGUCCCCCAGCUGCCCUCCGGCCAGGACCAGGAAAUUCUGAUUUGCACUCUGGUUUGGCCCAGCACUGCCGGAGAAAUCUCCUGGGAUGUGUCAUUUGCUACUUUGAACUUCUUGGUGCCAGGAUUGCUCAUUGUGAUCAGCUACUCCAAAAUUUUACAGAUCACGAAGGCGUCAAGGAAAAGGCUCACAGUGAACCUGGCUUACUCGGAGAACCACCAUAUCCGCGUGUCCCAGCAGGACUUCCGGCUCUUCCGGACCCUCUUCCUGCUCAUGAUCUCCUUCUUCAUUAUGUGGAGCCCCAUCAUCAUCACCAUCCUCCUCAUCUUGAUCCAGAACUUCAAGCAAGAUCUGGUCAUCUGGCCAUCCCUCUUCUUCUGGGUGGUGGCCUUCACGUUUGCCAACUCAGCCCUGAACCCCAUUCUCUAUAACAUGUCACUGUUUAGGAAUGAAUGGAGGAGAAUUUUUCACUGCUUCUUCUACCCGGAAAAGGGAGCCAUGUUUACAGAUACGUCUGUCAGAAGAAAUGAUCUGUCUAUUAUUUCCAACUAAUUAAAUUUUCUCUCUAGGCAGAAUUUAUCACCCUCUGGAAGGCCAUGAUAUGUGUUCAAAGGGAGUGAAUUUCCAGGACCAUCACAUCAGUGUAGCCUGCUUUAACAAAAUAUAACCUAUGCAAAUACACAUUUAUAGCACCAGUCAAUUAAGGGGUGAUCAUUCAGUAUAACAGUUUUACCCUUUAUAAAAGGUUUUGCUAUGGGCUCCUUUUAAAUAUGAACUUUUUUUCAGAAUAUUUGUAAUAUGAUUGAGUUUAAUAAAUUUUUAUUUAUAACUGUUCAGCAA